CCAGUAGCAUACGCUUCACGGAAACUGAAUAAAGCAGAACAAGGAUACAGUACACAUGAAAGGGAACUUCUUGCUAUUUUGAUAGCAUUUACACUAGUAAAGGUGGAUGAAAAUAUUCUCAAAAGCCUUGAACGAGAGUACAGAAAGGACCCCGAUUUCAAGAAUGCGUUUGAAACCCAACCUGCUCCGUUCAGUAAGAACAAAAACCGCCUUUACUUUGAGAAUAGGCUCUGUAUUCCGAAAGGAAAGAUCAGAGAAAUCGUGUUGCACGACAAUCACGAAUCUCUCUUUGGUGCACAUCGAGGAUUCAAAAAGACCUUACAAUAUGUCAGGAGACAUUUAUAUUGGCCUAGCAUGAACAAAGAACUACACGAAUACAUCAAGACAUGCCCAAAGUGUCAAGAAGCCAAAAGCCUAACCCAGAACAAAGUGGGAAAAUUCAGACCAUUUCCGCUACCACUAAAGAAAUGGGAACAGAUAUCUAUGUACUUCAUAUUCGACCUCCCGAGGACAAAUACGAACAAAAGUGCUAUACUUGUUGUUGUGGACAAACUCUCGAAACACACGCAUUUUGUUCCAAUUGAAUCAAACCAUACUGCCAAAGAUACAGCAGAGGUGUUCUACAACGAGAUAUACAAACAUCACGGUCUUCCAAGAAAGAUAAUAUCAGACCGUGACACAAGAUUCACAAGUACUUUAUGGAAGGAAAUCAUGAAGCUACUACGAGUCAAGUUAAACUUAUCAACCGCCUUCCAUCCUCAAACUGAUGGACAAUCAGAAAGGGCAUUCAGAACAUUGCAAGAAAUGCUACGUUGCUUUGUUAGCUAUACGCAAAGAGACUGGAGUAAACACCUACCAGGACUCGAGUUUGCGUACAACAAUCACAUAAGUGACACAACCAAACAAACUCCUUUUUUCCUAGAGUAUGGCCAGCACCCACUCUCUGUUUCUGACGUCCUCCACUCUGAUGGAUCAGAAACACCUACUGUGACCACACAAAGGUUUUUGGAGAACAUAAGAAGAGCUAAUGAAAUAGCAAAGCUGUCCAUCACAGCUUCGAACGAACGAAACGCCCAAAAAGUCAACAAACACAGAAGAGAUCAUUCAUUUCACCUAGGAGACCAAGUAAUGCUCUCGACGAAGAACUUACCACUCAAGACAGGAAGAAGCAAAAAGUUAUCACCGAAGUACAUUGGACCAUUCGAAGUCAUCGACAUCCUAGCGUCCGGAAACGCAUACAAGUUGCAACUACCAGAGAAAUAUCAAAACCUUCAUCCUACAUUCCACAUAUCUCUUCUCAAGCCAUACUACAAUGAUCAACAUAGAAGAACUAUCGGUCGCGAGUCUGCAUUUCAGACCGAAGACAAGAUGCCGCCUACAGUUGACCUCAUUUCCCACCGCAACACUCAAGACUUUAUCGAUUUCUUAGUAUCAGAAACUCAGGAAACAUACUUCAAGACAAAUGGAUUGACGAACAAGACCUUCCAAGCCACAAGCCUUCUAUUCAACGUUACUUCGACUCCAUCACCUACUACCCACCUCCAAGCUUAUUUGAGGACGAAUAACCAUCUUAAAGGGGGAGGAGUUGUAACGGUUGAAGGACAAGCACAGUAUGUAUGUCUUUGUAGUUUUACUUUUUAUAAACAUACUGCGCGUGUUUUUCCCGAAUGGACUGGCUCCUCCAUUCUUUAA